AUGUCCAGUACAUCUAGCCAACAUGAGCCUCAGCUUAGUGAGUUCACUCCCAGAAAGAGAAGAAAGGUCCUAUCCAAGAUGGAGAAUAUAUGUAGACGAAUGAGAUCCUUGGCCAACUUAUUGGAAGGAAUCGAUUUUGAAGCAUACGAUGCUGAACAAGACCGAAGGGGGGCUGCAGGUCCUGUGGAGCGUAUAAGGCGUAGACCUCGUGGGCGGAGAGACCCAAAUAUGCCUAAGAUGCCAUCAAAUAGUUACGCUAUAUAUACCCGCUGGUGCUCCGAACAUUUAAGAGAAGAGAAUGUUCAAUUGCCUUUACACAAUUUCCUUGUGACGGUUGCUGGGAGAUGGAGGGCCUUAAGCGCAGAGGAGAAACAGCCAUAUGUUGAUCUUGCAAAUGAGGACAAAGGAAGAUACGAGCGGGAAAUGCAGGAAUACCGCAGAAACAACCCUUAA